AUGGUGGCCCAGCCUGCCCCUCCUGUGGGCAGCUUCAGGGCCACACUCAUCCCCAUCAGGAGGUCGGGUGCGGAGGGAAACCGCACGGCGCGUACAACCUGCACCCAGAAGCGAGGGCAGGGCCCGGCUCACGCUGGGGGCUGCGGUGAGUCUGGAGAGCUGGUGACCGUCCGCGCGGCGGAGAGGAGCCGGGAAGGGAAAGGGCCUCGAGUCAGCGGGCCAGGAGGGCCCAGAAGCAGCCCCUUGGGACGACCUGGGAAGAGACCCCAGGGUUCCCCCGAGCCAUCAGACCGCGGAGGAGGACCCUCGGGCGGGGCGGCGCGGGGGCCCGGCAAGGAACAGCCCCGCCAGAGUGGCGGACAGCAGACGCCGGGCUGGGGGACGGCACGGGUCGGGGCUUGCGGCCCAUCGGGAAACCCCGAGGCGGGGGACGGGGCAUUUCGAGAGGGCUCCGAGAGUGGGGACGGGGCCCGCCCGAGGGACGCCGGGGCGGGAGAUACUGUCGACCGCGGGGCGGGGGCCGGGGCAUCUCUGUGGUUACAGGGAACGGCCGGCGGCCCGCGCCCGGGAGCCCUCGCGGUCACCACCGCCCUCGCCCGGCCCAUACUCACCUCAGCGCCGCAGACGAGCCGCCUCCCGGCCGGCCGCACUAGCCCCACCCACCGCACCGACCGCUACCGACCGGAAGUGACGCCCUCACCCCGCGUCCUAGCCGGAGACACCCUCGGGCCGCUCUGGGAAACCGACUCCUUGUCUCAGUAG